AUAUAAAAGGAGACAUUAAGUGGUAACCCUAGAAGACCUUUCUCUCUCGCUUGUUGUUGCCGUUGCUUGCUAUCUUUCGCCGUCGUCUCUUGAGAUUCUUGCGAAGAUGGUUCUUCAAAACGAUAUCGAUCUGCUUAACCCACCUGCUGAGCUUGAGAAGAGGAAGCACAAGCUCAAGCGUCUUGUUCAGUCUCCCAAUUCCUUCUUCAUGGAUGUGAAGUGCCAAGGCUGCUUCAACAUCACGACUGUUUUCAGUCACUCGCAGACUGUUGUGAUGUGCGGAAACUGCCAGACAAUUCUGUGCCAGCCUACAGGAGGAAAGGCAAAGCUCACCGAAGGAUGCUCUUUCAGGAGAAAGGGAGAUUGAUUGAAGCAAUCGUCAAUCCUCAAAUCAACGCUGGUUUUUUUUUUGUUUUGUUGUUGGCUAUGAUAUUAUGUCUGGAUCUUUAAAAUGUUUGGAUUUUUAAUAUAAUUAAGCAGGAGUUUGUUAUUUUACUUUUGAGAUUA